UUUUGUGUUAAACAGAUGUCGAAUGCUGACAUGUUCCCCAAGAACCAUGAUGAAAUCGAUUUCGAGUUUCUGGGUAAUAUAAGAGGCAAAGAAUGGAGGGUUCAGACCAACGUUUAUGGCAAUGGAAGCACUGAUACUGGGAGAGAAGAGAGAUACAAUCUCUGGUUUGAUCCUUCUGAGGAUUACCACCAGUACAGUAUUCUCUGGACUGACUCUCAUAUCAUAUUCUAUGUUGACAAUAUUCCCAUUAGAGUGGUUAAGAAAUCGGAGGCGAUGGGUGGUGAUUAUCCCUCGAAGCCAAUGUCAUUGUAUGCUACAAUAUGGGAUGGAUCCGAUUGGGCCACCAAUGGAGGCAAAUACAGAGUCAACUACAAGUAUGCUCCAUUCAAGGCCGAGUUCUCUGACCUUGUUCUACAUGGCUGUGCAGUUGAUCCAAUUGAACAGGUAUCAAAGAAAUGUGAUAAAACCCAAGGUUCUGAAUAUAUCCCUACCGGUGUUACGCGCCUACAAAGAAUGAGGAUGGAGAGUUUCAGGAAGAGGCAGAUGACAUACUCAUAUUGCUACGACAGAAUACGAUACAAGGUUGCUCCACCAGAGUGUGUGAUCAAUCCCCAAGAAGCUGAAAGACUCCGCGUGUUUGACCCCGUUACAUUCGGGCACGGGCACCACCGUCAACGAAAACAUCACCGCAGGAGCAGCAGCAGAGCAAGCCUAGCGGAUACAACUUCUGUUUGAGAAUGAGAGGGAGGGUUGCAGAUUCAAUUUCUCAUAUGAGCACCAUUGGCAUUCAUCAACUUUUGUGUAUAGAGGGUGGGCAGAAAAAAAAAAAAAAAAAAAGCAUAAAUUUUAUUGUGGGUGAAUAGAGUUUUUAUAUGGUUGGAGGGUAUGUAUAUAGUUCAUACCUUUAUUAGUUCCCAGUUUAUUAUUCAUGCUUGUCCUUUUGGUUUUAUAAAUUGAAUUUAGUGGUGGGUUUAUGUACUUUGACACAACCUCAUGGGUUCAAUAAAUUUUAGCAUAUGGAAGUUUACUAGGCUUGGAUUC